AUGAAGGCGGAGGGGGGCGACGCCUCCAUGAUCAACCUGUCGGUGCAGCAGGUCCUGAGCCUCUGGGCCCACGGGACGGUGCUGAGGAACCUCACGGAGAUGUGGUACUGGGUCUUCCUCUGGGCCCUCUUCUCCUCUCUGUUCGUCCAUGGUGCUGCCGGAGUGCUGAUGUUUGUGAUGCUGCAGAGGCAUCGGCAAGGGAGAGUCAUCUCCGUCAUCGCCGUCAGCAUCGGGUUUCUGGCUUCCGUGACUGGAGCGAUGAUCACUAGUGCAGCCGUGGCCGGCAUUUACCGAGUGGCCGGGAAGAACAUGGCCCCCUUGGAAGCCCUGGUGUGGGGCGCUGGACAGACAGUACUGACGCUCAUCAUCUCCUUCUCAAGGAUCCUCGCCACACUCUGAGGUUUCUGUGAGAAUGUCUUUACUUCACAUAAGGAAACAGACAUACAGAUUCUCUGAAAACGGCGUCGUUAGCGAGUGGGCGUGAGAUCGUACAAGGACGUGGAAGGAGCAGGUCGAAACCCAAGGCCUUGCGCCGUGUGGGAAGAUCGCCCUCUGGUGUUCAAUGAUUGCACUACCGCACCGCACCUUACGUGCCUCCGUCCCGGGCAAGGCGCACCGCUGCGUGAAGCUACAAGAAAAAGCACCUUGUUUAGCUGCCAAUCAGGUUAACACUGGUGUUGAAUCAUCAUUCUUAACAGUGUUGUGUUAAGUUACAGGGACGUUUUGAAGAAUUGAUACAUGUGCCAAACUUUUUUUUUUUAACAUUGAUCAUGUGAAAUUUGCAAGUGUAGCUGUAGAUGAGUGCUGUGAACAUAUUUGACAUGAAUUCAGGUGAUGUAGUGAGAAAUUUUGUUUUGUAAUGCUAAAUCCUGUAUGAGUGCUGAAUAUCAAAUCAUUUAUGAGACAAAUUACCUGAUUUUUAAUGUUGAACGUUUCUGGAAUUUAGGGCUUUCAUAUAAACUAGGUAUUUAUUGUUAUUUACUUUACAUGGAAAAUAAUACUGAAUGGAAAACUGCUAGACUCUUUCAAGGAUUCAAAGUAGAUCUGUAGGGUGCAUCCUUUUCACUCACUCAAAUAACACUCUUUAAUAGUUUCCCUCAUACAUAAACAUUCUGUUGCUAUGAAUUUAAAAACUUUUCUGGUCACACAUAUUGAUUGUAGUUUGUGUGUCAUGAAAAUUUAAUUUGAAAAUUUUCUUAUAAAUUUUGUAAGAAAACUCUGAAAUGCACAUCCUAUUCUUGAUCCUUCUGAAGAAAGUUUCUGCCAUGUAUCUCAUGGAGAAAACAUCUUUACAACUAGUAUCUCAGUGGGAUUAUAUUACUUACUGCAUAUAUCUUGAUUUUUGACAAAACGUAAGCAGUCUUUCAUCCUGGAGUAUCAAAUAUAUAUAAAGAGUGGCCUAAAUUAGGCUGUGAAAACAAGAAGCAUCACUUGUAAGGAA